GACUUGCCAAACAAAUAACGAAACCUAUAGGCGUUAUGCCGCGUCGCACGAUCGGACAUCUCGAGAAGAAGAAGAGAACAGAGGGAGCCGAAAUAUCUUCGAGCACGCCUGCUAGCAAGGUUGUCAAGAAGUCUCGGAGGGAGCUUUCUGGUGUGAAAGGAGAUCUGAAACACCAGUCCGUGGCACCUAGUCCUGAAGUCUUCGCAGCAAUGGAGCAUUAUGACAAGGUUCACUGGAUGACCAGUGAAGAAGACCAGACUACAUACAAGAUAAAUCAAGAUGUCAUGAUCGUGCCGAACAGCAAGGACAUUAGACAUAACAAAAAGAACGCUCCAGCAGAAUUAGGAUGGGAAGACUUAUGGUAUGGUCGUAUUCUUGAUAUCAGGGGAGAUGGAGAAGUCGACCCGGAGGUUUGGUUUCAUAUUGCAUGGUAUUAUUCCCCUAAAUGGUUCAUGACCGUGAAAGCCAAAGAGACCCGGUUGAAAGACUUGGGCCGACUCGAGAUGAUCUUUGCACCGGAACAUCAGGACAUAAUCCACGCGCAUACAUUGAAUGGAGUGGAGAUCGUGUAUAAAUUCAAGGAAGAAGACUUCGACGCCGAGGAUAUACCUAACGAAAGUUUCUACACAAGGUCUACAUAUGAUACAACCAAGAGAAUCUGGCUUGACCCGCCUCCUAAGCGUCAUUGUUUAUGCCUCGAGACUUUCAAAUUAUGGGAGAAGCAGAAGCGCGUUCUUCAUUAUUGCCCUCGACAGGGAUGUCACAAAUGGUAUCAUGAAAGCUGUCUGAAGGAGUCUAAGCUCUAUCAGACUCAUGAUAGAGUCGACCUAUUCGAGAAAGAGUGGCAGGUUUCUUUCGAUGAGGACCAGUUCGAGAAGAUCGUUACAGAGGUUGCCGGUCUUCCUCGAGAAGCUGGCGUCUACACAGCCAAGUACGAGGGGUUGAGCCCCGUGGUACUUGCAUAUGCCCGACAGCCGAUUGUGAAAGGAGGCGACCAUCGGGUACACGGAAACAUGGGCGCAGUUCUUCGAGCGCGAUGGAUAGUUCAUCAAGCCGUCCGUCGCGGAGUCAUGCCGCCCACUGAUUACGAGAAGUAUGUCGAGUAUCGCCCAGAACCAGAGGAUUGGGACUCCGACUCUGACUCUGACGCCGAGUCGGAAGGGAGCGCUGUUGAGACUGCGAUAGACGAGAACGAGCAGCAUGAACAUAUCGAUCCUCUUCCCGGAAAGAAGAGGAAGAGACCAAGUGAGUCGAGCGUACAAGGGCCGACCAGCAUGGAGACAGAAUUGCCGCUGGAGCCAAGAGUGAGCGGCAUCAAGUAUGAGCAUACCAUGGACGGUCGCCAGUAUCUGGCAUACAAGUGCCCCAAUUGUAGGGAAAUCAUUUGAUGUCGAGAAGCUGGGUGCUUGAUUGUAGCGAUACAUACUGUCAUGAAUAACCACA